AUAUCUCUAACGUUGCUGUUUUCACAUGAGGAAGUUGCUUUGAAUCAAUAACAUUGGUGGACUUCAGACUACUCGGUGUUAAUUUAUAACGCAAAACGACCCAAACGGUGUGUGACUGCUGAAAUGACGGGGUUGUGUCACAGUUUAACGACGUUUGGGUCAUCAAAUAUGAAAUCGGAAGCUAAUUUGAUUAGCUAGCUAGCUAAAUAAGUAGAGUCAGUUUGCUAGCAAAAGAGUUGUUUAGCAGAAACAUGUCUUUUGUUGAGUCUGAAGGAAGUACUCCUCUGCUCAAAGGAGAUGCUGACAGCAUACAGGAUGCGGAGAGGAGCCGGUGGAGGUCGAUCAGGGUCAUGUACUUCACCAUGUUCCUCAGCAGCGUGGGUUUCACAAUCGUCAUCACGUCCAUAUGGCCUUAUCUACAGAAGAUCGACGACAGCGCAGACGCUAGUUUUCUGGGUUGGGUCGUGGCUGCGUACAGCCUGGGACAGAUGGUGGCGUCGCCCCUGUUUGGACUUUGGUCCAAUCACAGGCCUCGAAAGGAGCCGCUGGUGUGUUCCAUCGUUAUCAACGUUGCAGCUAACAUGUACUACGCCUACGUGUACCUGCCUCCAUCUCACAACAAAUACCACAUGCUCGUGGCUCGAGCGUUCGUCGGAUUUGGAGCAGGUAACGUAGCUGUCGUGAGGUCGUACGUAGCAGGAGCCACCUCGCUGAAGGAGAGAACCAGCGCCAUGGCCAACAUGAGCGCCUGCCAGGCUCUGGGCUUCAUCCUCGGCCCAGCUCUUCAGGCAGGUCUGUCGUUUAUCGGUGAGAGCGGCUUCAGCGUGGACGUCAUUUACCUGAAGUUUAACAUGUACACGGCUCCGGCGCUGCUCGCUGCCUGCUUCGGCGUCGUCAACAUCCUGCUGGUUAUCAUCGUCCUGAGGGAGCAUCGUGUAGAUGACCACGGCAACCAGAUCAGAGCGAUUAACUACGUCUCAGAAGAGCAGCUAGUCGUGCCUCCGGAAGUGGAAGGAAAUAUCGACCAGGUCGCAGUGCUUACAUCCAACAUCCUUUUCUUCGUCAUCCUCUUCAUUUUUGCUGUGUUUGAAACUAUAUCCACUCCUUUAUCGAUGGACAUGUUUGCGUGGACGAGGAAGGAAGCCGUCCUGUACAACGGGAUCAUUUUGGCGGCCAUUGGCUUUGAGUCCAUUAUAGUGUUCCUUGUGGUGAAGGUGAUCUCUCUGAGGUUUGGAGAUCGUCCAGUGCUCUUGGGCGGCCUAGCCGUCAUAUUUAUCGGCUUCUUUAUCCUGCUACCUUGGGGAAACCAGUAUCCAAAGAUUCAGUGGGCAGAUCUUCAGAACAACUCCAUGCCAGCUUUGGGGCGUUCCCUGGGCUCUAACAGUAGCGUGGAACCGACCGGAUGCCCUGCGGAUCAGAUCUGGUGCCAGUUCACUCCUGCCAUCCACCUGGCACAAUACCUCACGUCUGAUAUCCUCAUAGGAGUGGGCUAUCCCGCCUGCAACGUCAUGUCCUACACACUGUACUCAAAGAUCCUGGGACCCAAACCACAGGGUGUGUAUAUGGGCUGGCUGACGGCCUCAGGCAGCGGCGCUCGGACCCUGGGCCCCGUGUUUGUCUCUCAGGUCUACACCAUCUUGGGUCCUCGCUGGGCCUUCAGUCUGAUCUGCGGUAUUGUCCUGGCAGCCAUCGUGCUCCUCACAGCUAUGUACAGACGACUGAUAGCUUUCUCUGUGCGCUACGGAAGGAUACAGGAGUCGUGAUGUCAGAGGACAUACAGUAUUUUACCUUUACGAACUAAAGACUCCGGGUGGUGGGGGAUGAAUGGAGGAUUCCCAAAACUCGUUUUGAAGACUUUUUGUAUGUUGAAUAAUAAAUUUCUUGAUGUGGCGAUUUCACAAAAAACAGAAAAAAACGGCGGAAAAAUGUACCUAAGCUUUUAUAGAUUAAAAAAAUUUCAGAUUACAGGAACACUGUACACAUACACCUCCAUCUGUACAUUUCUCUAGUAAAACUUAGACUUAAUUUGCAUAUUGGAACAUGAUUGGCUCUUAUAUUUUAUGAUGCAAUAACACUAAAAGCACAAGUGCUUAAUGAUAAUGGUCUAAUUUUUUUCUAAAGCAUUGUCUCUCACCAUGCACGAAUUUCGUGAAGGCGUUCUCGUCACUGAGAAGGUGACAUGAAAAUAAUACUUCGACACUUUAAAAAAAACAGCCUUCAGAAUAGAACAUAGGAGUAGCGACGAUAUUUUUAAGUGUUUAAUAAAAUAUAGUGUGAUUUAACAAAAUAUCAGCACAAGUCCAGGAGAAACUGGAGAAACCGUCGUUUUUGUUACACAUAAAACUGUUUAUAGAGGAAAGCUAAUUUUUGUUAUUAUGCUUUGCAAAAUUUAUUAAUGUAUACACGUGGAUGCUAGUUUUCGUGAAGAACUGGAUGCUGAGGUUUGGGUUUAAUUUUACUUGAGAUUAAUUAAUUUCUGCUUAUUUAACUUUUCUUGUCUAAAGAGUUUUAUUUUAAUACUGUUCUGAAAUGUAUUAGCACUUAAACCCUGUGUAUUAAUUACAUUUCCUGUGUAAAUGAGCUAAAACGGGUUGGAAAAUACUCUUUGUGGACAGUCCGGAACAAAUAUAGCCAAGAAUCAUCCUGUAAAAGGCCAAAUGGGUCUGAGACUAACUGUGAAAAUGUAUUUAUCAUCCAUUAAAUAACCGAACAACUGAA